AUGGGGAACAGCAGGAGCGGGGCCCUGUCCCGGGAGCUCCUGGAGGAGCUGCAGCUGAGCACCAAGUUCACGCAGGAGGAGCUGUGCGCCUGGUACCAGUCCUUCCUCAAGGAGUGCCCGGGCGGCCGCAUCACGCGGCAGCAGUUCCAGGGCAUCUACGCCAAGUUCUUCCCCGACGCCGACCCCAAGGCCUACGCCGAGCACGUGUUCCGCAGCUUCGACGCCAACAGCGACGGCACCCUGGACUUCAAGGAGUACGUGGUGGCCCUGCACAUGACCACGGCCGGCCAGCCCAGCCAGAAGCUCGAGUGGGCCUUCUCGCUCUACGACGUGGACGGCAACGGGGCCAUCAGCAAGAGCGAAGUGCUGGAGAUCGUCAUGGCGAUAUUCAAAAUGAUCAAUCCCGAGGACGCCAAGCACCUGCCAGACGACGAGAACACCCCUGAGAAGCGAGCCGAGAAGAUCUGGGGCUUCUUUGGAAAGAAAGAUGAUGAUAAACUUACAGAGGAAGAGUUCAUCGAGGGGACCCUGGCCAAUAAGGAAAUUCUGCGACUGAUCCAAUUUGAGCCUCAAAAAGUGAAGGAAAGGUUAAAGGAAAAGGAAAAGAACCCCUGA